AUUGGUCUGUGGUGAGUGGGUGGAGUGUCAACUUUCCCACGGAGCGUGAACGCAGCACAGAGUCCUCCUGGAGACCAAAGUUUUUAUUUUCUUUUUUAGGUCAUUAAUGUAAAAGUGAAUUGUUGUGACAGUGUAGACAGUUUAAAGUAGAUGUCACUGCGCAGGAGAGACAGUUUCAGAGGAAGUGACGUUUAUUUAAAACUGUUUUUCUGUGGUUUGUUUCUGACACUCAAACUCACUGAAAACAGCAGCAAUGUCGCGGCGCAGUGACCGGAAAGAAAACACUUCCACGCCGGAACGCGAACUAAACGGAGCGUUGUUAGUGAACCCGAGGGCGGUGUGUAACGUGUGCAAACGCUUGUACCGGGACCCGAAAAUUCUCCCGUGUCUUCACACCUUCUGUUCGGACUGUGUCGCUCAGCUCGAGCCGUUUUCGGUGUCUUCGCCGGGGGGAGAGGAGGGAGGAGAUGUCGGCGGCGGCAGCGGCACCGUCACGGUGCUCUGUCCGGACUGUGACUCCGAGGUGGAUCUGCCUCCGGCAGGACCGGCCGGACUGAGCACCGACCACCUGGCGCUGGACGACGUCUUCCUGGAGACUCUGGUGACGGACGGCCCGCUGGGAUGUGACCUCUGCGGGGAAGGAGCCGCUGAGAGCCGCUGUGAGGUCUGCUGCGUCAACCUGUGCGAGUUCUGCUGCCAGGCACACAGGCGGCAGAAGCGGACGUCGUCUCACUCCGUGCAGACUCUGAAGGAGCUGAAGUCUCGCGGGCGUCUGUGUCGCCCCGUCCUCUGCUCCCUCCACCCCGGCCAGGAGCUCCGCCUCUUCUGUCAGCCGUGCGACCUCCCCGUCUGCCUGGAGUGUGCCGCCACGCUGCACCGCGACCACCGCUGCUGUCCCACGCGCGACGUCGCAGACCGCCACGGAGACCGCAUCAGAGAGCUGGUCUCUGGGCGCCUGCGGCCUCUCCUGGAUCGUCUGGAGGAGUCGGUGCAGAAGGUGGAAGUCUCCCAGGAGGCUCUGCAGGUACGAGUAGAGACGACAGCCAAUGAGGUCAGAACGUUUGCUCGAGGCUACGCCAGCGCCGUGGAAGCUCACUGCCUGUCUCUGCUGCACCGCCUGGAGGAGAUCCACGUCCAGCGCAGGAACCAGCUGCAUCUGCAGAAGGCUCAGCUGAAACAGGCUCUGCUGGACGUGCAAGGAGGGGUGAACUUCGCCGAGAGACUCCUGAGCUGCGGGUCCGACGCUGAGAUCCUUAGCGCCAAGGGAGUGACCCUGAGGAGGUUGACCAACCUGGCAGAGAGCAGCUACGAUCCCCACCCGGCAACCGUCGCCCCCGACGACUGCAGCAGUAUCUGCUUCAUUGCCAGGGAGCCGGCAGGCGAGGUGGACGCGUACCCAGUGGUCGGAGUCAUCAACUACAAGACGGUGGACCUCAGCAAGUGCACCAUUGAAGGGGAAGGUCUUCACCUGGGCAGAGAGGGUCAGCGGGGUCACUUCACCCUGGUGUGCCGGGACGCGGCCGGAGAGCAGAUGACGCGUGGCGGGGAGCACGUCCUGGUCAGCGUCGUCGACAAGGAGAAGAAGAACCGCACCGUGGAGACGACGGUGGUCGACAACAACGACGGAUCCUACGGGGUUUCGUACACGGCUGAAGAGCCGGGGACCUUCUCAGUGCGGGUUUGUGUUAGAGCUCAACACGUCAAGGGUUCGCCGUUCAUCUUGAACGUGAAGAGGAAGACCAGGCGUCACGCUGGGACUUUUCACUGCUGCUCCUUCUGCUCCAGCGGAGGAUCCAAGGAGGCUCGAUGUGGCUGCCCGGGAACAAUGCCGGGAGGAUUUAAAGGCUGUGGUCACAGUCACAAAGGACACCCAGGAAAACCCCACUGGUCCUGCUGCGGCAGCACCGUGGAACAGUCCGAGUGUUUGCCUCCGAGCGUGUUGGCUGCGGUCUCUCCGCGCGGCCACCUCCGAACUGUGGAGCUCUGAGUGACGCGAGAACGCACGCCAAGAGACGACAAUGACAAGGUUAGAGCAGCAGGGGGCGUCAGAGACGCAGUGACUGAGGCAGGACGUCCCAGUCACUGUGUCUCUAAGGUUCUCACCUUUGACUGACGCUUCUGGUCAAGUUGUGUCUCACAACAACAACACAAACACAAAACUUCAACGAGCCACUCGGUGCCUGUGUAGUAGUUUCUAUACUCUGAAUAUGCCUUAUUUUCAAUGUGAGAAAGUUUACAGUACAAUUGUUUUUAUUAUCAUUAUUGUUAUUAUUUGUAAAGUAGACAAAAAAUCUUUAAGAUAGAAAACCUCUUUAUUUGUGGUCCAAGGUCUUCACAUUAACAGGGAACUUCUCGAACACUGUGAAAUGCUGACUCUUAAGUUUCACCAGUUUUCAAAGGAUACGUUUAAGUCUGUACGAUGAAAUAAACACGUGUAUUUUUCAGUUUUUAAA